CGUGCCUGGCCAAACUAACCCAGUGGCCAAGAUUGCCACUUUUGCUAGUGACCAGCAGCAGCCAGUCUACGAGAGAUCACAGCACGGGUAGGAGUAAAAUCUCCCGCCGAGUUCUGUAUUAGUCGCGCCAUUCAAGUCAGUAGAAUCAUAUAGCUACGACCACUUCGUUACCUGGGAUUUUUUUUCUCUCUUUUAUUUUUCGGUAAUAUCUGUAGAGAACUGGAAAGCGGCAGGUAACCUGCGGAAAACAUGAAAAUGUCCCAGAGAGAUGACGCGAGCUUGGAGACAGGUGAAGCGUUUCCGAAUGAAGCUGUCGAUAGUCCAGAUGCAAAAUCGAGACCGAAACAAUCUUUGGAUAGGGGGGAAACGGAAAGGCUUGCGUCUAUGGGACACUCGCCAGCACUCCUCCCUCAGAUUGAAUACACCAGCACUCGUUGUAAAGAUUCCCUCCAGAAGGAAGAAGGAAAAUUACCAUUUUGAGAUGUGUUGGUACAUAGGAUAAAAACUUCAAAUUAUCUUUCUACUGGACGUCUACAAACAUUUGUCCUCAUCUUCAAUUAUAUUCUUAUCAUCCAUAUAAAACUAAGGCUGCUAUUUUUCCUGCAACACGUUUAAUAGCACUGCGGGUCAAUGGCCGGAGUUCUUAGAUCAGGAAUUUCACAAUACGUGAAAUUGCGGAACAUUUCAGAUCGUUGGAGGUGGAGUAUCAGGUCUGGUUCAAGUAGGACUCGGGAUGGUGGCCGGUUACUCAGGAGUCACUAUUCCACAGCUGACAAGUGACAACACAACCAUUUCAGGAGUCGUCUUCGACGACGAUCAGGUCGCUCUCUUCAGUAGUGUUGUGUACCUGACAGCUACUGUCGGAUGCCUCGUCGGUAUCCCAAUGACAGUGAGUUUCGGCCAAAGGAAAACGAUGCUCAUCUGCCUUCCGAUCCUUCUGUCAGGAUGGGUAUCGCUAUACUUCUCGACAACCAUCCCAUCGAUCCAGGCCUCCCGCAGUCUCAUCGGCCUGACCAUAGGCGUGAUCGAAAGCGCCUCCUACCAGUACACCACCGAGACCUCGCACAGCUCCGUCCGCGGCAUGAUGGUGGGCGCCCUGGACACCCUGCGUCAGAUCGGAGUCCUCCUGGUGUACGGUCUGGGGGCAACCGGCCUGACGUGGCAACAUAUAAGUCUGAUCUGCGGGGUUACUGUGCCCCCUGCGAUCAUAGCUCUGGUGUUCUUGCCUGAUUCGCCCCGCUGGCUGGUGACUCGAGGCAGGACGCAGGAAGCGUCCAAGAGUCUAGCGUUCUUCCGUGGCCCUCGCUACGACGUCACUGCAGAACUGGCAUCCAUAUCCUCUCAGGUGGAAUACGCUAGCGUUAACUCAGAUUUCAGUUUUGGGAGCCAACUCCGAGCGAUGAUGCAGAAGGGCACAGUAAAGGUCAUCCUGUACCUGACCAUGUUGUUCCUAGCGGCCCAAUUUACGGGCAACAUCGUCGUCACGGCUUACAUCGUUCCAAUAUUAGAAGCGACAGCCAUCAGCAUGAACGCCUUCGUGGCGGCCAUGGUCGUCGGUGGGAUCAGAGUCGUCGGGACAAUUUUCUCCCUGCUGGUCGUUGACUUAAUCGGGAGGAAGCCCUCCCUUCUCGUGUCCUUCCUGACGUGCGGCAUUUCGUUACUUUCCCUGGGCGCGUUCUUCUUCAUAAAAGGUCAUUACGACGACGUGCGAGGCAUAGACUGGAUGCCCAUGACGUGCCUGGUUUUCUUCACGUUCUUCUCGUGCGUGGGGCAUCCCACCCUGAACCUGGUUCGAGGGGAGCUCCUGCCCACCACAGUGCGCUCGGCAGCCAUGCCCUUCCUGUGCUCUGUUAUGUUCGGAGGAUUUUUCCUCGCGUCACAGACCUUCCCAUUGAUGACGUCAUCGCUUGGAACGUCUGGAACAUUCUGGAUCUACGGUGGAAUGUGCGGCCUGGUGACCGCUGCGACGGUCGCGGUCCUUCCCGAGACGCGAAAGGAGAAUCUCGAGGACAUCACUCUGGAGAAAAAGGGCGGAAAAACCUUUCCCGCCGUGAGGGACGCUGCUUAAGUGUCACUGACAGAUGGAUGAUGUAGCCACAUCUCGGGCAGGAAAGAUGAAAAUAAGAAAAAGUGGCGCUGCUUAAACGCGAAAAGUACAAAUGUAUCAUUUCUUAAGCAUGGAAACUGAAAAGUUGAAUUCUGAAUAUGGACAAUAACAAAGUAGUAUUUCUUAAUUUUGAAAAGUGAAAAUAGAAUGUGUUCCAUGUAUGAAAAAUGUUCGAGUAUCGCCAGUUAAAUACAGAAAGCAAAGCAGUAAUAUCGUUAAGCUUGAUCUCUAGGAAAUGUGGGUUUGCUCAAGUAUGAAAGGUGAAAAUACCGCGUCUGAAGUAAGGAAUGUUUGGUCAAACAAAAGACAUAAGGAUAUCGCUGACGCACGUAAGUAAUAUAAUCAAUGUUUUUUUUAGUAAUAGAACUGACAAAGUGAGGAAAAAUAAGUACUAUAUAUGUUGUGUGAAACUAAAAAAAACUCGAGUCUUACUAUCGUUUUUCAAGUAUACUUUCAUAAGUAGUGAUUCUUGAGUAUAAGUAAAAAAAAAAAAAGUAUUUGUAAUGAAAGUAAAAAUGUACAGUUUCAUGGCAAGAAAAAAAUACAGUUCACAAUAAAGGGAAGUUAAUCAAUAUCGAUUCUAAUUGCGCAAAUUAAAGAGAGAGAGAGAGAGAGAGAGAGAGAGAGAGAGAGAGAGAGAGAGAGAGAGAGAGAGAGAGAAACUCAGCCCUCUGAGAUGUUAGGAAAAAUUAUGGCUUUAUAGGUACAAAAUUGGAAAGUAGUUUCCCCGGAAUGUUCCUUUCUCUAAGUCUGGAAGUAUCCAAAUGAGGGUUUUGCGUUUUACAUUACUGAAUAUUUUGUACUUUUAUUAUCUUUUUUCUGUAAUUUGAUAAUUUUCUGUAAUAAAAUAUAAAGCUUU